UGGUGUUGUCGCCCGGUCACUGUCUCUGCCACCGCUAGCCAUCCAAUUUUUUUCAACGUCACAAGCUUUAAAACUCAAUGUAGAUUUUUUUUUUCCAACUAGAGAAAUGCAUAUUCGAAUCAAAGUUCAACAGAUUUCUUUGACCACAUCACUUCAACAGCUUGAAACCCUAUCCCACUCGCAAAAGAUCGCUAUUAUCCUUUCGAUUUCUCGACGGUUUUAACUUCUUCAGCUCCAACUGUAUAGAGAAACGAAAAGUUUCAAGAGCCGCCCCCCCCCCCGCAUGGAGGAAGGUGAUAGAAGGAUCAGUUAUGGUGGGGAAAGCUCUUCGAGGGAUUCGGCCGGUUCGCCAUCACGGUUGUUAGCUAGCAGGAAAAGGUUCUCAAUUGAGCUCAGGCCUGAUGAGACCACGAUAGUUUCUUGGAAGAGGCUAGUCAAAGGUUCUCAGUGCACGUCUCCUCCUUUGAUUGCCCGAAAGACCGAGGAUUCUCUGGAUGAAUGUUUUCAAGACAGCAAGCCUACAGUUAUACAGAAUGGAUUACUGGUAAAUUCUAAGAAAUUGGAAUGCGUAAAUGAGCUUGUAUUGUCGGUGGCUCAACAAUCAAGAAAACGGAGUAAAAAUACAGCCAAAGCUCAAGGAGAGAAAGUUCAUGGUCAUCUACCAAGUAAACAGUCGAAAGUGGAACAGGGGAGGACCGAUUUUGAGGCAACCAGCACAUUGCUUCAAGAAGAAUCUUUUGUUCAUUUGCAGAACUUAACAGAUAUGAGUCAACAUGACAGGAAAUACCAUAAACUGUUGACUUAUCCUGUAAGAUCUUCAAUUAAGAAACCUGCUAACAUCGGAACCAAGUCCGAACACUCGUCACACGCGGGAAUCUCGAAUGAUGAUGCCUCUAUGUCUCUACUAAAUUCAAAGGAUACCGGUCACUAUAGGAGUGUAACCAUCCACUCUAGCAAUUUUGGAAAUCAUAUAAACUCUGUAGCAACACACCAGAAUUAUCUGGGAAAAGAAUAUUGUAAACAACUUGAGUCUCCAGUGAGAGAACCGAUGACUGGUGACAUCAAGGAAGCAAUUUCCACCAAAGUAGAGCCGAGGGAGAAUGAGGCAACAUGUGGUGAACUUCCGGAUCUUAAUCUUCCCGUUUGUCCUUCGCAACCCGUGGUAAGCAAUUGUAUCUCCAAAUUUCAACAAGAACAUAUGAGGACUUGAUCUCAUUUUGUCAAUUCUGACACUCUGUCGCAAGUAAUUCAAUUUUGAGGUGAUUUUCAUGUUUGA